UAUGGAGAAUUGUUUGACAAGAUUGAUGUCGCCCGGGAGGGGAGCGUGGACUGGGAUAAGUUUGCUUCACACAUGUUACUGGAAUUUUAUGAAAAAGACGAUCGUGUGAAAUCUACACAGGUGCCACAAUGGAAGGACUUGAAAGCGUUACCAAGUCCACACAAGGAUGUCAUACAGAAGGUGGUCUUCCUGAAAAACACCAACAAAUACAUCGCUGUCAGUAAGGAGGGAACAAUAUCCAUUUGGCCCCAAGAUUUGAAGCAGUCAAGGUCAUUCAAGACAGGAACAGACACUUGUAAAGGUCGUGACCUUUGGAUCACACACUUUUGUGCUUUACAGAACAUCAACAAGCUGGCCCUCGCCUUUACCAGUAAAGAGAUAUCGAUUUAUGAUAUGAGCACCAAGUUGGAUUUUAACUGCCAGUAUAAGAUCCAAGGUUUGCCUUACACACCACUGACUCUCGACUACUGGUCAAAUCCUAACAACCCUAAUGAAGCAUUGUUGGUGUGGGGAGAUGUUGGAGGUUUUGUCAAUGUCAUAUUUUUUAAUUCUGCUAACAUUGCCUUAUUUGAGAGACCUCCAGCUCCAGCCGGGGAAAAGCAAGCUUGGCAAGAGCCAUGUCUCAGCGUCCAACUCCAGGAUGUGAUAGGAGAACAGACAUACAAGAAUGCCAAGUAUACUGUCCACGAGGCCCACAAGAAGGAGUGGGUUAGACAAGUGCGCUAUUCCCAGUACUUGGAAUGUUUUAUUAGUUGUUCUACCACAAAUAUAAACUCUAUGGUGAUUGGCUGGAUGGAGAAACACACCUCUGUUACUCCAAGCAAAAAUCAACAAAUCAGUAAAGAAAUUUUACGAAAGUCAGAGUUUCACAUUUCACAGGGAAUCAAUGCAUUUGAUUACAAUCAGACUCUUAAUCUUAUUGCGACAGCCGGUGUGAACCACCAUGUAUGUCUGUGGAAUCCCUAUGUUGUCUCCAAACCAAAUGGGGUGUUAAGAGGUCACAUGGCCAGUGUAAUACAGGUGCAUUUCAUGAAGAGUCGAGCACAGCUGAUCAGUUUCUCUAAAGACAAGGUCCUAAGGAUCUGGGAUGUCCAGCUCCAAGUCUGUAUCCAGAGGCUGGCUGGAAUGUUCCCUAAGGGGCCAGAAGUGUACAGCUGCCUGUAUUUUGACGAACAAAGGGAGAGAAGUGGGUUAGAGAAAAAUCGCCUGCUCAUUACGUUUAACUACCAACUUACCAUGAUGGAAAUGAAGGCCGAGAUUCGGGAUCGUGUUAUGUCUCAUGAUAAACCAGUGAUCGCAGCCAUCUAUAACAGCACCUACAACCAGGUGGUCAGUGUUUGCCAGACGGGCAUCCUUAUCAUCUGGAUGAUUGAUACAGGUCAAAAGGUCAAACAGUUCUCUAGUGCCCAUGGCAACUCAGAAGUCACAUGUCUGUCUCAGGAUCCAACAGGCACAAAACUAUUUACAGGCAGUACAGAUGGAACAGUCAAAAUUUGGGAUUUCAAUGGUCAUAACUCUCACUCUCUGGAGUGUGCUGGUGGCCAGCCGGCCGACGUGGGGCAGGUACUCAACCUCAAACGCAGUGUUGUAGUGGUGGGAUGGGCCAGAUAUGUGACAAUAUUCCGAGACUCCUCUCUACGAGACACAGGUGCCCUGUUUUCACAGGUCCAGCCCUCAGAAUGGAAAGGAGGACAGGAACACCCAGAGGAUAUCCUCUGCUCUGCCUUUACUGGUCCGAACACCAUGGUUAGCGGAUCGUAUGACGGGGAGAUCGUGGUAUGGAACACAAACUCGGAACAAGCGUCACGUCACCUUAGUCAACGAUCGCGCCGGAAGAUGCUGAAAUCUCGCACAAAAUCUGUCCUCUCUUCAACAAAUCGGGAUGUGGCGAGGACAUCAGAGGCAGAUGUUGAGGCUCGUCCCAAGUCUCGUCCUAAUUCUCGUCCCAAGUCGACUAGCAAUGGUGGCACAAAGGAAGAACAGAAUGAAUUUGGAUUUGCUGUAUCACGACUGAUUUUCUUGGAAAGUAGAAAAACCAAUUCUGGUGGCGGUGGGGCCAACCUCAUGUCCUGUGGAGGUAGCGGGUUUGUCCGAUUCUGGAAUACAUCUACUAGUUCUUUAGUGGCAGAGUUUACAGCUCAUCCAAAUGCGAGCAUCAUCAUGGCAACAGACAAAUUAAAUCAGUGGUUAGUAACUGGUGAUGCUGAUGGGAACAUCAAGGUCUGGGAGAUCACUGAGUACUGCAUGCAUGGUCAGACAGAUGUCAUCCUCAAAUCUAGUCCUCCAAUGAAGUGUCAGUUCCAAGCCCACAACGACAUGAUAAACUCCAUUGACCUGUGUGAGAGGAACGAACGAAGUCUUAUCAUCACAGCGUCCUCCGACUGCAGCGUCGCUGUUCAUGACGUCCGUGGCAACAAGAUUGGUAUCUUUGGACAGGAAGAACAUUGGAAGAUAGAGACGUAUGAUCCAGCGGAGGAACUAGAAGACGAGGAAGGCAACAGUGAUGAGGAGCCUGAGGAACAAGAGGAGGAAGAUUUGGAAAUUGAGGUGGAGAGUGUGUGGGAGCCUGAUGAACGCGCUAUCACAGAGCCGGACACACACAGGUUCAACACCUGGGACAAUACCUGUUUAGGUAAGAAUUACCAGGAGACAAGAGUACGUAAAAGAGAGAGGAAACAACCAGGGACGAUUCCAAACCUACCCUACCUGACUUGGGAGAAAACCGGACAGGCACCGGCUGGCCCUUACUCUCAACAACCCAGCAGUGGCAUAAAUGUUGUAUAUUGGACGGCAUUGGAGACCCAGAUUUUAUUGGACUUUGAUCCUCCAUCAAAACCAGACGUCGUUACCAUGACGCAGACUGCGAGUCACCCGAUUAAUAUUCCUAAACUUCCAGCACUUGUUGACAGAAGACAUAUCUUUAAAAGAUCGGUUUCUCUGAAACAGCCUGUUCCAGAGAAAGAAAUCUUCCCAAAAUACAUUUUGGAUUUUGAGGCCAAAAUGAAGAGCUACCACAAGAUGCAGCUUAAUCAACAACUGGGUGGUGGGUUGAAGGGCAAGCUUGGUGUCGGAGGUGCAGGGCGGACAAGUCUACAGAACAUUGGGCUUCAGCUAGGGCAGCAUGCCUUGAAGUCGCCACCUAAAGCUCUGAACAAAUCACUCAAGGUUCCGGGUAGCCGGAAACCUGGAUCACGGAGAACCUCUGUUUCCAUCUCAGAAAUGUCCUAGUCAAAUGACUGUUACAAACAAUUGCUGAUUUAUCAAAGUGGCAUUCAAUUUUACUGUGAAAUCUGAUGGCUAAGAUUAUCUAGUGACUGUCUGAUGUGUGUAUAGAUAUCGGCUUAUAUUGUCAAUGGAAGAUUUAUGACUGAAACAGUCGUGGGAUUGUCUUCUCACAGGGAUUUACCGCUGAAUUGGCCAAAAUAUUUUCCGUCCAAGGUGCAAGAACUAUGAAAUGACAUCAUUAUUAAAAUCUUAUACAGCUGUUUGACUUUAAGUGCCUAUUCUUACUGUAUUACAAAAGCAUUACUGUAUGUAUUUGCACAUGUACCAAAAAUGGAGAUAAAUAUUGCAAUAUGUUGAUAAGAGUAAAUCCAAUUCUCAAUAUUUUUACAUUGCACUCCUUAUGUAUUUUCUCUUUCUAUUACUUGGUCUUUCAUCUGACAUGUGCAAAAAGGUCAAGAAUUGCAAUAUUUCAAUCUCGUGUCCUUUUGUACAAUCAAGGCCUGCAUUGCUGACCUGGACCAAAACACUACAAGCCUGAAAUGUGUUACACAUUCGGGCCUCAUGUGCCUCUUGAUUUUGUAUGUCUGUGAUAAAAAGAAAAUGUAUGUGAUAAUAAUUUCAUUGUAGAUUUAAUUUCGUUAUUUUGCCAUAAUUUAUAUACAUUUGAGUAUGCAUUGUACCAUGAUAAAGUACAAUUCUACAUUCCUUUCAUCGUUGAUUUUUAAAUUAUUGAUAUGUUGUAUCAACUGAAUAUAUUGCGUGUGUGAUGUUGUUAACUAUAUAUAUUUCUAAUAUUAAAUUCAAGAACACCGAGCUGCUGAUAUUACAUUAUUGCAAAUAAAAAAACUGACACCCGA